AUGUCUUUUAUCUCUUUCUUACAAGUCAUGGGCACAACCCUUGUGGUUGCUGCCUGUGUCUACCUCAUCUCCAACCCUCUCCCUCUCGAGGAAACACCUGUUGCCAUCCAGGUUGCUCCUCAACCUAUUACUCAGUCGCUACCUGAGCCCCAGCUUGCCGGUUCAACCAUGAUAGCCUCUGCUUCUCCAGAGAUCAAGAGAAGACCUGUCAUUAGACCGGUCACUCUUUCUCCCAUGGAGAGAAGAAGAUUAAUGGAUCGACUUUCUUACUUUCAACCCAUCAAGAAAGUCAUUUGUUUUUCUUCUUCUGUUGCUGGCGCGCAACAAAACAACACCAUCUCAUCCGACAUCACCAUGACGGAUGUUGAAAUGACAGAAGAUGCGUCGGUAUAUGCCGAAAUUUCUGAAGUUAUUUCAACUGAAGUCCAGAUGAAGAAUGCCCCUGUAUCUCAGCUGAAGUCCUGCUUCAAAAGUUCCUCUUCUCGCCCUGCGAAAAGAGUUAGCUUUGCAGGACCAAGCAGUGAUAGUAUCCAUGGACAGGUGAUCACUUAUGUGGUCCCUGGGAAAAUGAGAAACUAUCACAAGAAAUACUUGGGUCAGAAGCGUUGCCCUCACGAGACCUUUCCUCUUGUUGAGGAAAGAGACCAAGAAGGUAGUGCUACUGGAUGGUUUACUAAACGGGAUGGAGUUUUUCUCCCCCCAAUCGCCCAGGGCACAUUCGAAUCCUGCGACGAGAAUGCAUGCUGCACUAAGUGCAGAGAGAGUCUUUCCGAGGGAUUUUUAGAUCCGGAGGUAGACUUCUCUGAUGCUAUUCUCGAAGCAGAAGAAUAUGCUCUGGGCUUUUAUGUCCUUCGGGACCAAUAUAGAAGAUACGGUUGCAUCAAUCAUGGUGGACAUUAA